GCGUCCGGAGACGAGGCGGAGCGGCCAGGCGGGGCAGCUUUGGUGUUGCUUCAUUGUGUCAGGCCAGGCAACGCCUGGGCACGCAGCCUUUGUUUUGGGGGAGGGGGCCGUGGCCAGCUCUUUAUCUCCUGCCCUGCUUUGUGGGCCGAGCUGGCUCCCCGCGCCGGAGUGCACACGUCUCACCCUCCCGCGGUGUCCCGCCGCGGGCCACAGCUGCCAGCCGCUGGCCUGGAGAGGUCCCCGGCGUCCUUUCCCGUCUCCUCUGCGGAGCAGCCGGGGCGCGGGACGAGCAAGGCUGGGCCGGCGGGGUCAGCGCACGGGCUUCGGGGCUCGCGCCUGGCGGGUGCUCGGCUCCCCUAAGCGCCUCCUACUAGUUGGUGGGCCUGCAGGGUGACGCCUCGUUCUCCGGCCAGGUUCUGGCGCCUGAAUUCUUUCGGAACUUGAUCUUUUUUGUUUGUUUGUUUGUUUUGCUUUUGCGUCCGUACUUGGCGAGGGCGUUUGCUGGGCCCGCCUUUUGAGCGUGCAAACCACAACACCCUAUGCUGAUUUCCGUGUCACAUAUUCUUAAUGCUCAGGAAACGCUUCCGGAUGUACAACCAAGGUUUGAAGGACAACUUUAGGGUGUCGGUCCUUGCCUUGCUACCUUGUUGGAGACAGUCUCUUCACUGCUGCGUUUGCCACCCGGCUUCCGGGGAUUCCCUUACCUCUCCUGCUCGUCUGUCCAUCGAGGCGUGCUGUAAUUUACAGGAUUUAGCACUCAGACCUUUCAGUCAGGAGCUACGAAGAUUUCCAGAAGGAGACCAGGUCCUCGGAUGAGCCCCCUCACAGAGAGAUGAAGGGGCAGCAGAAAACAGCUGAAACCGAAGAGGGGACGGUGCAGAUUCAGGAAGGUGCAGUGGCUACUGGAGAGGACCCAACUAGUGUAGCUAUCGCCAGCAUCCAGUCAGCUGCCACUUUCCCCGAUCCCAACGUCAAGUACGUCUUCCGAACUGAGAAUGGGGGCCAGGUGAUGUACAGAGUGAUCCAGGUGUCUGAAGGGCAGCUGGAUGGCCAGACAGAAGGCACUGGUGCCAUUAGUGGCUACCCUGCCACUCAGUCUAUGACCCAGGCAGUGAUCCAGGGUGCUUUCACCAGUGAUGACGCAGUUGACACGGAGGGGACAGCUGCUGAAACACACUAUACUUACUUUCCCAGCACGGCAGUGGGAGAUGGGUCAGGGGGUACCACGUCGGGGAGCACCACUGCUGUCGUUACCACCCAAGGCUCAGAGGCACUGCUGGGACAGGCAACCCCUCCCAGUGCAGGUCAGUUCUUUGUGAUGAUGUCACCACAAGAAGUACUGCAGGGAGGGAGCCAGCGUUCAAUUGCCCCCAGGACCCACCCUUAUUCCCCGAAGUCAGAGGCUCCCAGAACAACUCGGGAUGAGAAACGCAGGGCUCAGCAUAAUGAAGUGGAGCGCCGCCGCCGGGACAAGAUCAACAACUGGAUUGUGCAGCUGUCCAAAAUCAUCCCAGACUGCUCUAUGGAGAGCACCAAGUCUGGCCAGAGUAAAGGUGGAAUCCUAUCCAAAGCCUGUGAUUAUAUCCAGGAGCUGCGGCAGAGCAACCAUCGGUUGUCGGAAGAAUUGCAGGGGUUAGAUCAGCUGCAGCUAGACAACGAUGUGCUUCGGCAACAGGUGGAAGAUCUUAAAAACAAGAACCUGCUACUACGAGCUCAGUUACGGCACCAUGGAUUAGAGGUGGUCAUCAAGAAUGACAGCAACUAACUAUGGGGAUGCAGGGGCUCUGGGCCCUAGAACUGCAGAGCCCGGGAGCAACAGGCUGACCCCAUGCCCCUUCCCUUCACUGCCGACUUCUGGCGUGUAGGGGGAGUCUGGCAAGCAUGUCUCUGAACUGAGGCUUGUGGUGUGAAACACGAAGUGGACCUGUCCUGACAGCCUCGCCUGCUCCCGCUGUGUAGUCCCCGGGACUGUGCUCCUUUGCACAUUGCAUGUGCCGUAUCCAUGGACACUGGACACACUAAAUCUGGGCUGGCCUUGUGCUUGCUUAGAGUGCCCAGCAGAGGGUCUGUGGACACUCUGUGGGUUUAGCACUUCUACUGGUUCUUCCUUCCCCUGGAGCAGGAGCUAAGAUAUGCACCUGAUUACUCUGGGGAGCAGGCUUAUUCAGAGAUGGGGGAAGGAUGCUAGGUGGCUGCUAUCCCAUGAGUAGUUGAGGGGCCAGUGUGUAGCUGGGGCCUCUGCAGAAGUCUCUGAAGCCAGGGAGAAAGAUAGGCAGGGGCUCACUGAGAGCCUUCCCCUUCUG